AUGGACGGCGUCACUCAGGUGGACGACGCCGCCAAGGUCAAGUCGAACAUGGACUACCUCGUGCUCAACAAGAUGGAGCCGGUCGUGGCCGAAAAGGCCAAAGUUGAUGAAGACGACAACGACGAGCUGGUCCGCGCGCUGGAGGAAGCGCGGGCGGUCGAGCUGCAGGCUCGCGAGGUCGAACGCGAGGUGGCUGCACGGCGGAUGGCCCUCCUGCACGCCGUCGGUCGUGUGGCGGAGUUGAGGCAGCGCCUGCGCCUCGCCCAACGCGCCGUCGCGCACCGCGAGGCCCUCCUCGUCGCCAUCUACGACCAUGUCCUCGCCGCUGCCGAGAGGAAGGGGGAGCACGAAGCGAAGAAGAACGAAAGCGAUACGGCAGGCUGCGAAGACGAUGCGGAUGGCGACGGCGAGGGGAAGGCCGACGACGAACCGAGCGAGAACGAGAAGACCACUGGCAGACCAGCGGAGGAGCACCCGGCAGCGACCACGCUCCAUGACGAGCCCACCCAAGGAGCCGCCGAGGAGCCAGAGGCCGAGGGCCAGAAGGCAAGCGCCAGGGUCUGUCUCGCGGAGCAGGAGGCCGCUUCAUUGACGAGCGCCGAGGCCGAGCCGGCGGCCGAGACUGUCCAGCCCAGACAAGACGAUGGUGUCAGCGACCCGACGGCCGCGAUGACGAUGCAGGCCCACGAGAAAGAGCCCCAGCCGCCCAGCGCGGAGGCGAUCGACCAGACGACGACGACAACGGCAAAAAAGGACGACGAGACCGAGCCCGGCGAAGCACUGGCGCCGCCGCCGGAGCUGCUGGCGCGACACAUCGAAGAGGAGGACGGCGCUGAUGGAGAAGCUUCGACACAAGAGCCGAGCGAGCGGACCGGGCAAGACGAGUCCGAGCCCGAGGCUGAGCCCAAGGCCGAGGAGCUGACGUCUGAGACAGCGGAGACGGAAGAAGGCGAGGGGGCCGGGGAAGAGGCGAGGAGUGGGCGAGGAAGAGAGAACAAUGACGAGGCGAGCACAACGGUCGUGAUGGGGGAAGAGGACGAUGAAGAGGAAGAGGGUGAGGAUGAGGAGGAUGAAGAAGGAGUGUUGUCGCCACCGAGCGAUGACGAAGACGACGAGGUCGAGGAAGGCGUCGGCAGACGGCAGGAGAGCCUCGACGCCGAGGAGGAGAAGGAGGAGAAGGAGGAGCGGUCGAAGCUUCUGCUGGGCCUCAGAGGGGACCAGCCGCAGCACGAAGAAGAAGAGGAGGAAGAAGAGGCGGAGAAGAGCGAAAACGGAGAGGCGGCGGUCGAUGGUGCGGGACAAAAGAACGAAAACGACGAGGCCGACGGAUCUGAAGCCGCGAGAGAGGCGAACCAAGCGCGAAAGAACGAAGCGGUAACGACAUACGAAGAGACGGAGAAGUCUGUGGUGAUGCAGUGUACAACGAUGGAGACGCAGGCCAAGGAGAGCAACGACGAUCGGUGGCACCUAUCCCGCCUCGACGCCGACGACGAGAGCGAGAAAGACGCGGAGCACGCCAAUAAGGAAGACGAGUUCACGAUCGACGCGCAGGAGCUACUGGCCUUCAUCGUCACCAAGUACUCCGAACUGGACCAGCCCAAGGCGAGCCGCGGGGAGAAGAACGAAAGCGAAGAAGACGACGAGAGCGAAGAAGACGAGGAACUCGUAUCACCGAUGCCCCUGAUGUCGUCGCGAUCGCUGGUCGCGCCCGACGGGCCUCCGCGGUCGUUGGUCGACGUCGUGUGGAGCGAGCGUUCCCAUGCAUCCAAAGCACCCACGGAGCGGAAGGCCGUCAGCGAGCGAAAGCCCCCGAGCGCUCCCGAGCUCCUGGCCAAGCGGCCGAAAGCGAAGACGGCGAUCAAAGCGAAGACGACGGAAAAAACGAAAGAGACGACGACAAGAACGAAUGACGAAGAGGAGGCGGCGAUUCGAGCGUUGAAGGCGCAGUGGCUCGAGGAGCGCGAGCUGGAGGAGGCGGCGCGGGCCGAGGAGAGUAAGAGGGCGCGCGAGCUGGCGGAUUUGUACCACCUCACCCCGCGCCGCCUGUCGGCCACGCUGGCCACCCGCUCGGCCUCGUCUGUCGACACGACCACAAGAACGAAGAAGGUGAAGAAGAGCGAGAAGAAAGCGAAGAAGACGAUGGAGACGACGGCCGAGUUGCAAUCAUCGACGACGAGAGCGAGGGCGGUCGAUGAGUUGGCAGCAUUCGAGGAAUGCAGGCGAGACAAGGAGCGCGAGCGGGAGGAACGACGACGAGCGCGCAAGGAGAAGAAGGAAGGGGAGGAGGGCAAGUCAACACAAAGAAAGAAGACGAAGACGAAGGCGGCGGCGUACUCGCAGAGCAUGAGCCGGGUGCCGGCAGACAAGCGAAGUCGAACAAGGCCCAGGAGAGCCCCACAAGGCCCUCGCUGGCCACGCCCAGCACCUACGCCGGUGUCCCGGCCGCCGCGACCACGGCUCCGACGACGGGCGAGCCGGCGAGCACGCAACUCCAGCAGCUGGCGGCGGUCUCGCGUUCUACGCCGCAGCUCGUGA